UACUCUGUAGUUCAGCUCGCCUUUUUUGACACCUUUGUAUCGUAUUUUACCCAAUUUUUAUUUUAUUUCUAGCUGCAAGUUUAUUAUUUUAAUAGAAAUAUUUAACCGUGACCAAGUCAACAGAAAGAUUACCUUACCUGUGUAUCAUCGACCAUCGUGUGACCAGCGGAUUUGUUUAUACAGUUAGUUUCGGUAGCGGCGGCCUGGAGUUCAAUAAACUUCCUCAGGACGGGCUUCACAGAAAAUGUCAUUAUUGGUUAUUGGUGUUAAUUCGAAUGUUAGAUUUUAGCUAACUUUGUGUUCUAAGUGUUAGUGCGGGUGCUAUGGAAAACCAAAAUUCUCCCGAACGGAGUGUACCUAUACAGUAUGUCCGCGCAUCGCGAGCCUUUCGACAAUUUAAGAAUCCUCCGCAGCCGCAUAUGUGUAUACAGGAUACUAUCAAGGAUACUACUGAAAAACUCUACAUUAAUGUGCUAGGAUGGCAGAAAAUUGCGAACCCUAAACAGUAUUCGGACCCAAUACCCUUGUAUGGCGGCAUGCAGGUGCACCAAGCAUGUGGUCCCAAUAGUAAUCGUCCACCGUUGUUGGUGUUCGCUGUGAUGGUCAAUCCUGAUAUACUGAAGGCAAAUGGCAAGAAUGCUACAAACCCAACGGAUCGGGAAGCCCUAGUAAGCUUGCUGUGUGACUUUGUAGAGGCUAUGAACCCUGGACUGGCUUUAACAAGGAGUCCCAUCAUACUCAAAGAUCGCGACCUGGCCGGGGAACUGAAGGAUGUCUGGCUUGCUGUGCAGGCCAAGAGAGAACGGGAGAAAGGACUCAACCAGGAGGUUAUGUAUAAGGUUUACGACAUUGACGGCAUAGGUUGUGAAGACCCCAAUGAAGAAGAGCAAACAAACAGCAGAAACAAACAAUAUGACAAUAACUCACCAAACAGAACACAGAAUUGUGAAAAGCGAAAAUACCCAGUGAAAUCUUCUAAGCAGAUACUCAAAAAUGCUGGACAAAAGUCAGAAUUUGACUCUGGGAUGAACAACUGUCAGCUGAACCAGAACAAUUUAAACCGGGACAACCGUUGUGGCAAUACUGACCAGGACACUACGUAUUGUACACCAGUGUACGGUCAGAUAGUGUCCACCAGAGAAAACCACAAUCAAAUAAACGAUAUACAACAGAAAUUUGCAACGAACGACAACGUCAAACCGUCUAGUUCAUACAGAAAAGACUGGCAACCGUGCAAACAGGCGCAAGGGGUCUUGGACGAAGUGUGGGACGAGAUCACCAAGAAGGAUGCACCGUCGAAACCUGACGGUGAAAUAAAAACAAACCGAGAUGACUAUGGUGUACGAAAUAUUAAUCUAAAACACAAUGAGAGUGAAACAAAAAAACAUAAAUCUAAAACAGACAAAACGAAGCCUGUUACGAAUGGAAAGCCACAUUUUGACUUUUUCCCUGUUUUCGACAAUAAGACAGUUGGAACAGAAAGUCCGGACAAUGCGACGGGAAAACUAAAGGAACAGAAUAAAGACAUAAGUGACGAUGACAAUUCUAAAAUAAUUGUAGACCCAAUGCAGAAGUUAGUUCUGCAUUCGACUGAUAACAAAAUAUGUGAUAAUAAGUCAAGUGCUCUCAGUUCGUAUAGCUCGUAAUCUCAUAGCUUUUACACUUUUUGUAUAGCAGGUAUGUAUUGUGCUUACAUUUGUUUAUGAUAAGAGAUUUUUUAAUACAUUUAAUGAUUUAGACCAUUUUCAAUAAAGAUAAAGUUAUUAAUAGCUACUAUAAGAGAAUGUAUUGAAAAAUGUCUGCAUGUAGCAUUGGAAUGUGACGGCUAGUCAAGUUCGUAUGGAUUACAAUAUAGAACAAAACUAUUUAGAUUCGGACACACAAAACUAAAUCAAAACAUUUUACUACAUAGUACUACAAAUUAACAUUGUAGUAAUUACAAACUCAGCCAGUUAUUACUACAAUGAUGUUUUUCAGAAGUAGUAGUACAGGAAAUCUAGGAAAUAUGAAAUGUGUUUUUUCAGCAUUUAGUGUAUAAAGAUUUAUUUUACAACUAAAGUACAAAUGAGAAAGUUGUUCCUCUCAAAAAACCUACAACAUUUAUUUAAAAAAUUUUUUUUCGUAGGUCCAUGUACUCAAGUUAAGUUUGUUAGUUUGCUCCCUACCAAUGGUUAUCAAAAUAAAAUCUCGAGUCAUGUAAUUCUUGUACAAAUCUUAUACGAUUUUUUCUAGAUUUCCUGUACUAUAGAGAGAAAGAUGAAAAAGUUUAUUAAAAAUAAUUUACAUAGGAUGUUUUGGUUUAGUUUUGGUAUAAAGUAUAAACGAGAACAAUUAUAGAUGAUACAAAAUUAGUUUUUUUUGUAAAUCAAAGUUUGUUAGCAUGCUGUAGGAGGAACAAUAUUAUUGUGCGUACCACAGUACGCUUGAUUAUUAUAUAUUAGAUGUAGUGUGAUGAGUUCAUAAUGAUAUUUGCAUAUAUACUGAAGGUUUUAUUUAUUUUAGACUGUGUGGAACAUGUAUAUAUUGUUAUACAUGAUUGCUAGAUGUUGGAACAAGUAGAUAAUAUUCAGGGGUGAAUAAGUUUCAAAUAAUCUUAAGUGAAUUUAUUUAGUAUCACAACUCAGAAACUCCUUGCAUUGCAAUAAACAAAACACUGAUAUCUUCAGACUGGCUUAUUGGACCUUCACUGCUAUGCCAAGAUCGGACUACUUUAGUAUAUUAGUUGAGUACAAACAAUUUUUGGAUCUACCUCCCAAAAAUCGCUUGUACUCGGCUAAAAUACUAAAGUAAUCCGAACUAAGCCUCAAACAUCUAGUUAACAUUGCAACAAUAUUACAGACACAGGCAGUCUGGGGUUAGAACAGACUAUCAUAAUCACCCCUGUAUGUUUCUGAUGAAGAUUAAGCCGGGUCUAGACGUGGACUAGUGUGUAACGUGUAAUGCCACUGCCACCAUGUAAUGUAAUGCGAAUUCUACGUAUUCAAAUGUCUCCAAACAGUCUCAAACAAAUAAAACACACAGUAUAAAGUAUUAAAUUAAUAUCAGGGUGUAAAAUGUAAAAUGAAGUUGGAUUGUCUGCAAAUUAUAUAUAUAUUUUUUUGUGCUGCGUGAUUGUUAAAGACAAUGGUUGUGUGUUCUUUAGUGUUUUGUAAACGGUGGCCAAAUGCGGCCGGAAUGCCGACUGUUCUUUAUAGUCCAAGAGCCCAAAGUCUGUCGCUGAUAAAUCGCUGUUGCAAUUCAGAUCAAUACGAUUUACAAAUACAUGAUGUAAUGUGUAUAUAAUUUACAUGAGUUUGUUGUACCUACAUCUAACAUGCCGCGGCUUCUGGUAUAGUCCUUUUUAUGAAAGAAAAUGCGCGCGGCGCUAAUGUCUUAAUGGCGCUCAUUGUCAAUGGUAAUGGAGGUCUUAUUGUCAUAUGUGUAUGGCGCUGUCAAUUUUAGUUCAGGUUGUAGCCGCGGGACUUCUUUCAUGAAAAGGAUUCAACGGCGACAGAUUCCGGUAUUUUUCAUUAUGUAUUUGAAAUAAUUGUAAUGGUAUAAGUAUUCUACACCGCUUUACUUCGUGGGCUCUUGCGCUAUAUUAAGUGAAUGUAAUUUUGUACAUUGCUAUAUUUUUCAUUGUUGCCAAUUUUAUAAGGAAAAUAUAAAAAAAAAUAGGCGUGGUGUAUAGACGCAGAAACAUUUUGACUUCGGCGAUCGCCGCUGCGUCUGUGAGCACGCUGUAGCGGAGACCAACCGUGGACGGAAUAGGGUAGUUGACUCGUCAAAUUUAACAUAAACAAUAUUAAUUUCGAAUAGUAGAAUAAGAAAUAUAUCGAUAUCAAUAAAUAGCAGUUAAGGAUCUCAUAGAAAACUUAAUUUAAAAAUUAUGUAUUUAUUCAAUUUUCCAAACCUAACGUCACAAUGUUACUGGUCAAACUAAUAAUUUUGUCAAAUACUCCGUUUGGUUAAGAUUUAGUGUUAACUUGACGUCAUGAAACAGUUAAAAUAUACUCAUCAUGGCCAAAUAAAAAAAGAGAAUUCAAAAAUAUUUAAAAAUUAAAAUUGAUAGUUGCUCAAAAAAAUAUUUUUGUCCAAUCUAGUACUCGUACAACGGUAAUAAAUAAUUUAAGGCCAUUUUAAAAAAAUGUCAACUAGCCUAUUCGCUAGUGCGUCCACGGCACCGAACUAGCUUGUGUCCUGCGUCCAGUGGUGUCCACUUCAUAUAAGCACUGCUUAGUAAUAAAACAUCGAUUUAGCGAUAUUAUAUGUAUUGUCAAUGAAAUAGGGUAUGGUUGCCUUAAACCAUACCACAGUGUAUGUAAUACUACAGUAUUCUUCCCUUAGGGGAUAUGAUUUAAGAAACAUUAUCCUACUUUAUUGGCAGUAUUAUUGUGAGUACUUGGUGCCUCGACUAUUUUUCCAUUUUGUAUAAAUUAAUGCUUACUUAUGCUUGCCACUGCCAGCAUUCGACCGAUAAUAAAUAUCCAAUCUCCAUACUAUUCGACGAAAUUCGCGAAGCUGCCUGUUUCUCCGAUGUGUGCUACGAUUCCUAGCGCAAGUUUUUACAGCAGAAAGCGAUUAUUGGUCAUGUCUAAUAUAUAUAAUGUCGUAUAGAAUUUUUUUAAACAAAAAGUAGACUUGCUCAAAUCGAUGCGUUCAAGUUAGUUGUACUCACGUGGCUCAACACGUCACUGCGGUCGCAGGAUUGUAUCGGUGUGUGGUCUCCGCCUAAAACACUCGAAUAAGCAUUAACACUAUUGCUCAUUAUAUUGUAAAAUUUUGAAAAAUUGUUUACCCUUUUUGAAAUGUAACUAUUGGUUACGUUACUACGGAUAAAUGUUGAAAUACACGUAUACUUAACUGUUUAAAAUGUUGAACCUAAAAAUUAAGUAUUAAUAAUUUCGCCUGUUUAUAUUUUUGUUACGGUAUAAAUCAUUUAAGAUUAAUUAAUUUAUUAGUACUUAAUAUAUAAUCACAACUUAGUAGAAUAGACGUAAUUAAACAAAGAAUACCGCUAACAAUAUUGACCAAGUGUUCAACAUUUAUUUGUAGUAUAUUUUUUGCGUACUAUAAAGAGUUUGUCGCUUAGAUUUAUAUUGUAUAUAAAAUGAUCUCUUCAUACAUUAUAGUUGUUAUGGAAUUCCUCAUUCUAUUCGAUGUUGCCUUCACCGCCCCGACACUGCCAAAUAACGCUUCAUUCCCCAUUCUCCCUCUAAUCGUGACACUUUAUUUAAUUCCACUUACGUAAGCUCCUUGAACAUAUAAGAACUUCAUAAACAACUCCUUAUACAUAUAAAAUAAAAGCCGAAAGUACAGAGAAUCGGAAAACUGUGUGAAUUUUUUGUAGGAAUUUGUAAAGGGAUCUUAGGACAUCACUAAUGUAGGAAUUAGACAACGUUGUUGUGAAAAAUCAAAAAUGAAAUGUAUUGCAUUUUAAUUAGGCUUGUACAUAUAUACCAACGUGAGCAGUGUCACUAAUAUGCGAUUGACCUGACGAAACACUGAAAAUAACGAUUUCAUGUUUUUCAAAAUUAGGAGCAAUGUCAGAAUGUGACAUGAAUCAUUCUGAAUGAAUUUAGAAUGUGAAUGAAACGCACGUAAUUUAAAUAAUUUAUCUACCCGUAAAGCAAACAUUACUACAUCACUACUUCUUUAUAUAAACGCAUGUUUUUAAACAACGGUACAAAAUGAAAAGUGUCAUCCCCUGUCAACCUAGCAAAUCGGUAAAAACGAAAAUAUUAGGUACGUGCCUAGUCCACUCCAGCAAUGACAUUUCUGUAGCGACUCCCAUAUUAAGUAAUUGGUACUGUAACUUUAUGAGAUGUUAUGAAAUUCUUAUAAUAUAUAGGAGCUAUUAAAACUCCCAAACGAAGGCCAAGGCUACAUAAUUUAAUUUAGAAAUAAAUAAAUUUGACGGCAAUAACAGAAGCUUGGCAUUUAAUGUAGCAUUAGCCUUAUGCGGAAUUUCCUUCAAAAUGUCUGCAACAACGACGUCUGAGCCUUGUAUGUAACAUGCUGUCACAUGAGAAUAAGAUGGAGGAAUGAUAAAACAAAAUGGCCCGCAAUCGGUUUACGUUUUGACCGAGAUCUCGCACGUCUGGGAGUGCUUUUAACUUUAUAAAACAUAGUAUUAUUAAAUGUUUGUUAUAUAGAUUAUAGAUAUAGUUUACAUAAAGCUAUAUACCUACAGAUGUUUUUUUUCUAAACGUGCAAUUUUUUUUUAUUUGAGCCAAGAUUAUGUCCAAUUUAAGUACUGUAUUGUAAUAUAAUAAUCAUAUAAGGCAUUAUUUUUUCAGUCAGUAGGUAUUGCACAAUAGGUAUAUGUAUACGUAUUCUGACCUUAAUUAAAAUGAAAGAUCAGCGAUAUUUUCAUCCAUUUAAACAUUUUGCGACAGCUGCGUUAGCAGCGCGUUUCAAAUGCGUCUGACGCACUUUGACUUGGAAUGAAUACGUCAUCGCAUUUAUUUAAUUUUUUUUUUAUGAAAUUAAUUGGAAAACACUCAAAUAUUAUUUAAUAUAUAUCUAUAAUAAUAUAACCAGUGCUUCAGUUAUUUGCAGUAAUUGUAUUUUCAGUUGGAUGUAAUUUUGGCUCAGGCUUUUAUAAUUAUUGUAAAAUCGAAUAUGAAAUAAUAUAUUUUUUAACAAUUUUUCAUUGUAAUUAAUUCAGUUUUAUGAUAUACAUUUUAUUGGUACUCUAACAUAACGUUCAUCUUUUGAAGAAGUAGCUAGGAAUUAAAAUGUUAUCUAUUUAAAAUAAAAUCAACGAAUAUAUUAUAAAUGUUGAUUAUAAUAAUAACUAACGGCAUAACAAUAGAAGUCCUGAAAAAAUUAAUGCGGCAUAUUUUUAAAGUUAUAAUCAAAAUAUUACAAAAACAACGACAACUUUGGUGAAACUUAUAGAGCUUCUAUUGUUAUGUCAUUUCUAUAAACUAACUAUUCCAAAGUUAUAAUGAACGUUUUUACCUCGAAUGACAAACUGUUGCAGAUUGUUCAGUUUUGUUUUAGUUGUCAUGUUUUAGCACAGUCCCUGUUAAUUUAACACUAAAAGUGUUUUUAAAAUGUUUUUACUUUCCAUGGUGACAGAUUUACCGUCACUUUUGGAAGAUGGUUAAAAAAACCAAAAGCGGUAACAUAAAAUAAUAUUUAUUAUUAGGUUGUAAACUCCACGUGACAACGAUGUCAUCAAUAUGGACGUUGUAACAUGUUGAUGUCAAUUUAUUGAUGAUAGUGGACCAACAGUCUGUGAAGGUCAGAUAUUCAUCAUUUUAUAAAAGCUGAAACAUUGUAAAUAAAUAUGCUCUUGCCAUAAGUAGGUAUGUUAACAAUGUGGAGUUUGGACGAUAGUGGGUUUGGGAGUUAACAGGUUUCAAAUGUCCAGACCGUCAAUUGUCCAAGUAUAGAACGUAGUUUUUUAUAUUUACCACGGGAUAUCACGAGAACUAAUGUUCCCAUGUACGCCAGACACUUGGUUUCGAAGAAACCUUUAGUAUGAUAUUUUACAAUGCUUUUCAAAGGGUUUCCAUUGAGCGUUAUCUGGAAACUGGGGAUUUGAUUUCUCAUGUAAUACCAGGGAAAUAUAAGUAAACUAUGCUUGGGAAGGUUGAAAGUCUGGUCAAUUGGAAACCUGCUACUUCCCAAAGCCUCCGCGGCCCAAACUCCAUAGUUGCGCACCAUAUCUACAUAACUAUAGUAAGACAAUGGGCUCACACACUUUAACUUUUCUAAAAUCACGAAGGUAUGGCUGUCACAGACUUUGAAUCUAUAGUAAAUAUAUUUUAAUGAGGAAUAAAAUGCCAUGGUUAAGUUUUUAAGAAGUCACAUCAUGGGAGUUUCAAUAUAGAGAAUAGAGAUACUUACAUUUCUCGUCACUGGAAUUAAAAAGAGAUUAGAAUGAGAACAAUUUUUUAAUAAUAUUUAUUUUAACAUAACUUACUUCCUCAGCAUUUAUUUUAAAUAUUUGUUAUAUUAUUUUGUGCAUAUUUGUUGAAACGGUACUUUAACAUUAAGUUAACAUUAACAUUAGUUGCGUAUUAAAUUUUAUAGAACAAAAAUAUUAUCUGAUUUAUAGCUAGUUUUAGAUGUUCAUCAGCGUAGCCAUAAAAGCAGUAAUUAUGUUCCUUUUGCUAUUAAAAGCUUUUUUGUAACUAUAGAUUUACUAUUUUUAUCAUUUUUAGCUGAUAUAACCAUGUAGCUAGUCUUAUAUUUGCAAUAUUAUAUUAUGACAAUAGCAUUUAUUCGUUUAUGAAUAUAGUAAACGCUAUUGUCGCGGUUUUAAUAAGAAUCGCGACGUGCGUGUAAUGUAGCCCAUGUAAUGAAAUAUACGUAUUAUUUGAACGCAAUUUUAAAGUUGUCGGAAAUGUAAUAAUUAGUGUCUGUGCUAAUCUGAGGCCCCUAGAACAUGUCAGUAAAGUUUUAUUAAUAUAAAGGAAUUAAAAUAUCGGAUCUCUUGUUUACAGUAUUUAAAAUUACAUGUCAUUUACAAGA